AUCCAAAAAAAAAGUAGCUGUGCAGUCAGUUCCUUCUGCCAAUCGUACAUUUCUACCACGGCCUAAAUUACACACUUCACGAUGUUAUCCCUGAUCUGGACGAUCCUUUUCCUCCAUGUUGCCAUCUACGUGGUGAAUACUGCUGGCGCAAGCACGAUUGAUAGCUUGCUAUGGCUCCUCUACCUGAAAUUGCCCACAUCAACUUCGAAGAAUGCGCGGGAACAGAGCCGGUUGAAGCGCGAAGCCCUCGAGUUGAAACGAGACAUGAACAACACCAGCUCUCAGGAUGAGUUCGCAAAGUGGGCUAAGCUUAGGCGUCGACAUGACAAAACUAUGGAUGAGUACGAACAGCUGAACAAAACACUUUCGGCACAGAAGAGCUCCUUCGACUGGAGUGUCAAGAUCGCCCGGUGGCUUAGCACGAACGGCUUGAAAAUCUUCCUUCAAUUCUGGUACUCGAAGACGCCUGUUUUUGCGCUCCCGGAAGCGUGGAUCCCCUACUACGUGCAAUGGAUUCUGUCAUUCCCCCGAGCUCCUAUGGGGUCGGUGAGCGUUCAUGUUUGGAACAGCGUGUGCGCGACGGCAGUUACGGUUACGGCGGAGAUGGUCACAUCGAUGUUUCUGCAGAACGGACGACCUACUCCGGUUGCUACGGCUCAAAAGACGCAAUGAUUGACGGUUGCCAUGUUACAUAUUAUGGAUUGCAUGAGAAUGUAAAAUAAACCAAGAGUUUAUUCUGUUAGAAUAAAAUGAUAUCUAUCUA